AUGGGUGCUUCUAAAAAUAAAGGUUUCAAAGGUCGCCGUCGUCAUGGUAAAAAGCGUCGUCAUAGGCAGCCCAAGUCUACUUUAGCUUCACACGCUGCCCAAGAGCGCAAAUUAGCUCGAGCCCCUCAUAGCUUUGUCUUCUCUCGGCCUGGUUGUGGUCGACUUGUUAAAUCUCUAACUCUUGAUAUUCGCCAAGUCUUUGAACCCUUCACAGCUUCCCAACUUCGCGUUAGUAAACGAAAUGUCAUGAAAGAUUUUCUUACCAUUGCUGGACCCUUGCAUGUAUCACAUAUACUCUAUUUCACUCAUCCGAAGCCAGAAAAAUUGGCCGCUAAGCGUCGACGUUAUCUCCGCAAUUUGGAAGAGCGCAAGAAACAAAAAUUAGGUGCAGAUGGAAGUGAUAGGAAUGAAGGAAAAGAGGAGAAAGACAAUGAAGACAGUGGCGAGGAAGAAAGUCAAGACGAAGACGGCCAAACUGAGAAUAGUGGAAGGCAGGGAGGAGGUGUAUAUAUGCAUCUAAUUAGAACCCCUAGUGGUCCUAGUAUAACAUUCCGUGUAUCCGAGUACUCUCUUACCAGAGAUAUCUUCACUCUGGUCCGAAAAGUCUUUGAUAUUCGUCAGUAUUCCACGCCACCUCUACUGGCAAUGACUGGAUUCGGAGCAGGACCUGGCCAAAUCCCACCUCCCCAUCUUAGAUUGCUCGUUGAUAUGUUCCAGAAUAUGUUACCUUCCCUUAAUAUUCAAAAACUGAAAGUCAGUAGUGUUCGUCGAGUCCUUCUUCUAAGUCGUGAGGUGGAUACUUCAAGCGAGGAUGGUGAAGGCAAGGAAUUGAUCUACUUACGACACUACAACAUAAGAUUGGAGAAUCGGUCAAUUAGUCGGGCUUUGCGUAGAUUGGGAAUGGGUGGUGUAGCUAUGAAGAAACAGAGGACAGCAGCAGGUCUUGGUCCUCAAGGAAUUGGCAAGGCGACUGGUGUCCCCAGCCUCGGUAAAUUUGCCAGCAUGGACGAUUAUCUUGCCAAAGCCAGUCUACUUACGGACUCCGCAGCUUCAGAAUUGGAAGACAUGGCAGAGGUGCCAUUGCCAGGACAGCCGAUGGACAUUGAGGACGUUGGCCAACAAAUAGAAGGUGCUGGUGAAGAAGAGGGAUUAAAGAAGUCCUCCCAACUUCCAAAAUCGAAGGACAUUAAAGAGGCGAAGGCUCAAGCUAAAGCAACCCACGGAUUUUCUCAUUUGAGUGGAUGUCGCAAAGCCUGUGUCCGUCUUACGGAGAUUGGUCCGAGGCUUACAUUCCAACUUUAUAAGAUUGAGGAAGGGGUGAAUUCAGGAACAGUACUAUACCACAGUUUGCAAAAACGAACGCCCCAAGAGGUGGCUCAACAAGAAGCCGAGUUCAAAGCCAAGGAAGCCCUGAGAGCUCAACGCCGAGCUGAACAUGAACGACGUCGCAAAGAGAAGGAGGCAGCCAGAUCUGGAGGAGAAGCAGUCGGAAAAACGAAGAAGUCUGUCAAAUUUGCUGAUGAAAAAGAAAAAGAGGAGAAAAAGAAAAUUAAUAAGUUGAGUGACGCUGAAGAAGGUGAGGAGGAAGUAGAGGGUGUUGAGGGAGAGAAGUCUGAGUCAACUGUGCCGAAGCCCAAGAAGAAGAAGAGAAAGGUUAAGAAGAUUUCCAAGAAGCAUCCUGCUUAUAAUUACCUCACGGAAAAGGCUUUAGAGAAGAGACUUGAGCAAAAGUCGCGACGUCGCUGA